AUGGCGGAUUUUACACAUACAUUUGUCAUAGGACUUUCCACAAGAAACCCGGACUCAAACCACCAACUCCCCCAGAAACCCAGAUCACCAACUCCCCCAGAAACCCAGACUCAGACCACCAACUCCCCCAGAAACCCAGACUCAAACCACCAACUCCCCCAGAAACCCAGACUCAAACCACCAACUUCCCCAGAAACCCAGACUCAGACCACCAACUCCCACAGAAACCCAGAUCACCAACUCCCCCAGAAACCCAGACUCAGACCACCAACUCCCCCAGAAACCCAGAUCACCAACUCCCCCAGAAACCCAGACUCAGACCACCAACUCCCCCAGAAACCCAGAUCACCAACUCCCCCAGAAACCCAGACUCAGACCACCAACUCCCCCAGAAACCCAGACUCAGACCACCAACUCCCCCAGAAACCCAGACUCAAACCACCAACUCCCCCAAAAACCCAGACUCAAACCACCAACUCCCCCAGAAACCCAGACUCAAACCACCAACUCCCCCAGAAACCCAGACUCAAACCACCAACUCCCCCAGAAACCCAGACUCAAACCACCAACUCCCCCAGAAACCCAGACUCAGACCACCAACUCCCCCAGAAACCCAGACUCAGACCACCAACUCCCCCAGAAACCCAGACUCAAACCACCAACUCCCCCAGAAACCCAGAUCACCAACUCCCCCAGAAACCCAGACUCAGACCACCAACUCCCCCAGAAACCCAGACUCAAACCACCAACUCCCCCAGAAACCCAGAUCACCAACUCCCCCAGAAACCCAGACUCAGACCACCAACUCCCCCAGAAACCCAGACUCAGACCACCAACUCCCCCAGAAACCCAGACUCAGACCACAAACUCCCCCAGAAGCAGCAGGCCUGCGCUAGAGACCCAUAA